GGGAAACAUCUGAUUGCGAUGAUGUCCCAAUGAAAGUCAGUUCUUUCGAAAAAUUGGUUGAAUCGGAUUUCACUGAAACAUCAUCCGUUUGCGAUAAUUUUCCAGUUGAAUAUAUAGAAGAAGUGAAUUGCAACAAAUACAAAACAAACCGCCAGAUAAUCAGACAGAUAGUAAACAAAAUAUGUUGACGGAGAUUUUAGGAGAAGUGCGCACGCUAAAACAGCAAAUCGGCAGACUAACAGAGGAAGUGAUAACCGUAAGAAAUGAAGUGCGUCAGUUAAAAUUAAUUUAUUCUGAGGAAAUUAAAACCAAUUUAGUGCCACCUUUACCCAUAAAAACUGUAAAACAGUUGGAAGAAUUACAUAAACAAAUAGAAGAGAACGUGGAUAUUGUAGCUCAAUUGAAAUACGUUAUUGGUAAAGUGGGUGGCGACAGCUCCAACUCGUUUGUCAGGAAUGCAAUUAAAAAAAUGCUGAGCGAUGAUGUGGCUGCAAAAUUGAGUUGGCGUGGAACGAACAGUAAGCCCAGUAUUCAGGAAUUCAAUAUAACGAAAAUUAUAACAAGUGUCUGCCAUUCAAAAUUUCCGAAAGCUGAUGAUGCAGGUAUAAAUAAGGUAUUACAACAACAUUUUGUUCAUGCUGGUGACCGUCUCAGAAAGAGUGACCGAACCAAAAAGAUUGAUGAAGCCAAGAAAAUUGACGAUUUGGCUGAAAAAUAACUUUAUUUUUUAAUAAUUUUUCUAUUGCAUAAUUAUUUCCAUUAUUCAUAUGUAUGUAUUUAUUUUCAUAAUUGAAUUCAAAUUUAUAAAAAUAACUUUAUUUUUUAAUAAUUUUUCUAUUGCAUAAUUAUUUCUAUUAUUCAUAUGUAUGUAUUUAUUUUCAUAAUUGAAUUCAAAUUUAUAUUUAAUUUUUUUUUUAUUUAAAGUUGACAAAAAAUGCCAAUGCAAUAAACAGUAUAAAACGAAUAUCAAUACUUUUUAUUUUUAGCAUAUUUUUAGGCAUUUUAGGAUCAAUUAAAAUCUUCUUUACGAUCGU